UGCAAUUCCGGUAGGAUACAUCCCUCGAAGCCCUAGCACGAGUAACAUUGCAGCAGCUUUUCUUCGUUUUCGGUUGAUUGCUUGGCUGGAAGGCGCCUGUCUGUCACAGGUCGUCCUCAUCAAAUAAGAGAAGGAGUCCCAACCUGUGAGCUGGUUGGAACUGUUGGUUUGGUUAGAGGAAUGAUGGCUUCCCGGGUUUGCCGUGGCUCUUUGUUCAAGAUUUCACGAAUAGCGAAGCCGGGAGUGCCAUGUGAUUCUGCAGCUCAGUUAUUGCGUAACUGGAGAGGUCUCCUUGCGGCGGGAGGAAGCUGCAGGGCUCAGAGCAGUGCGACAUUGAGCGUGCAGGAAUGGCAGAGAAAGCAGAAAGCUGCUGCUCACAGUGCCCUCUCCUGUUGUCCCCAUAUUCGCAGCAGCACAUCCGAAUCUCUGCGCUCUUAUUUGUCAAUGGCGCAAAAUGUCAGAGAGAAGUGCGGCGUUGUGGAUGCUGCUGGGAGAUACACAGGGAGAGUAUACUUUGCGGCAAGAUACUGGGUGACACGUGAAGACAGCAGGGGGACGACAGCUUGGUGGGAGGAGGAGAACACACCUUGUGCCACGUCAGCAGUGCAGAUCAGCUGUGCCAUGUCAGCAGUGCCACGUCACAGUGCCAAGUCACAGUACCACGUCAGCAGUGCCAGAUCAGCAGUGCCACGUCUGCAGUGCCAGAUCAGCAGUGCCACGUCCGCAGUGCCAGAUCAGCAGUGCCACGUCCGCAGUGCCAGGUCACAUUGCCACGUCAGACAUAGUGCCACGUCAGAGUUGGAGAGACAGCACCGGGACCUGACGCAACAGCAUCAGGAGUUGGUACAGCUCCGCCGCAUGGUGCAGAGCCAUGAGGAUGCAACCCGGGCACUCAAUGCCCGAUUGCUGGACCUGGAACAGGCUGUACCAGGACCAACUGCUGGGGCUUCCAGCAGUGCACCCUCGAGCCGCCAACUGGAGGACCGCGUUGACCAGGUAGUGGCAAUGCUCGGCGACAUCAGCACCUUCGCUGCGCCGACCACCACCAUCAGCAGUCAACUGCAUACAUUGAAGACCGAGGUCCAGAAGCUGCAGUCGACGAACGCGGACGACAAUCCGAAGAUGUACAAGAUGCCAACUUUCAACCUGGAGAGGUUCGACGACUACACGCAGCAGGAUCCCGUCCUCUGGUGGGAAGCAUUCGCAACGCAACUCAGGAUUCUGCCAGUAGCCAAGCAUGCGUACAUCGGCGCCCUGUUCCUGAACUCGAAGGGCGGAUGCCAGACCUGGUUGAGCCACCUGGCAACCUCCCACGGCGUCGACGUACCAGACUUGAAGGACGUAAUCACAUGGGAGGAACUAACACGGCUGUGGAAGAAGCGGUUCAUCGUCGACGACGACGCGCCGACACUCGCCAUCAACCGUUUGUUCACCAUGUCACAGGGCAACACAGCAACACGGGACUGGCUCACGGAGUGGCAGAAGAUUGCGGCUGUGCCCAAUCUGAACCUACCAUUCRAGCAUCUACGCCGUGAGUUCUACAACAGGUCCUGUGCGGCAUUGAGCCAGGCUCUUGGUGAUCGCGAGCAGUACUCAACCUUCGCGGAGAUCAUUGGCAAAGCAAGGGAGAUCAUCAAGACCAACAGGUCAGCUGCACACGAGCAAUCAACAUGGCAGACGACCUAUGUGGAGAAGGCACGAAUUGGUCCGCGACAGCAGCACUUCGCUGCAGUCCAGCAGGACAGUGGAGAUAACCCAGCAGCCACUCCAGUAUCAAGUGACGGAGAUCAGGUGGCCGCUGUCCAGCCGCGAAGCACCAACAAGUCCCGUAACAAUGGGAAGGCGAAAUCCGCAUCGCAGGCCGGAAAUGGACAGCUAGGACAGUUUCCAUGGGUCAAGUUUGGCUUGACCGAGGCGGAGUACAAGGUCCACGGCCGCUACGGCAGCUGCUAUUGUGUGCUCCGUGCACAACUUGACGAUCUUCUAGAGAAAGGUUGGAUUCGGCCUAGCUCAUCGCCAUACGGUGCUCCUGUCCUCUUCGUCCGAAAGAAGAACAAGGACCUGCGGUUGUGCAUCGAUUAUCGCAAGCUCAACGCGCAAACGAUCAGGAACGCCGGCCCUCUCCCACGCAUCGACGACCUUCUCGAGCGAUUGGGCGGCGCCCAGUUCUUCUCUAAGUUGGAUCUCAAGUCAGGGUACCACCAACUCGAGAUUCGCAAGGAGGAUCGCUACAAGACCGCGUUCAAGACACGGUAUGGGCAUUUCAAAUGGCUGGUCAUGCCAUUUGGCCUUACGAAUGCCCCAACCACUUUCCAAUCGGCUAUAACGACGGAGUUCCGACACAUGCUGGAUCGUUUCGUACUUAUCUACCUCGACGACAUUCUGGUUUACAGCCGGAGUCUGGACGAGCAUGUGGAACACHUGCGCACCGUUUUGGAGCGGCUACGACAGGCCAAGUACAAAGCAAACCGCGACAAGUGCGAGUUCGCACAGCAGGAGCUGGAGUACUUGGGACACUAUGUGACGCUGCAAGGCAUCCGUUCGCUUGCGGACAAGAUCGAGGCCAUCCGUGUAUGGCCCGAGCCCACCAACACCACGGACAUUCGUUCAUUCAUGGGGUUGGCAGGCUAUUAUCAGCGUUUCAUCACCGGAUACUCAAGGAUUGCCGCACCUCUGACGAGACUACAAUCGCCAAAGGUGCCAUUCGUAUUCGAUGACGACGCGCGCCAGGCUUUCCAAGCACUCAAGACGGCCAUGCUCAUGGCACCCGUCCUUAGCAUCUACGACCCCACUCUGCUUACGAGAGUGAUGACUGACGCUUCCGGUUACGGCAUUGGGGCAGUCUUGGAGCAGCACGACGGCGAGGAUUGGCACCCUCUGGAGUAUUUCAGCCACAAAGUGCCUCCCAUCAAUUCUCUGGAUGAUGCAAGGAAGAAGGAGCUGCUUGCGUUCGUCAUGGCUCUCAAGCGAUGGCGACACUUCCUUCUUGGGCGUCGUAGGUUCACAUGGGUCACGGACAAUAACCCAUUGACCUACUACAAGACGCAGGACACGGUGAGCAGCACGAUUGGACGGUGGAUGUACUUCAUCGACCAGUUUGACUUCACACCGAAACACGUUGACGGCCUCUCCAAUGGCGCAGCAGAUGCACUUUCGCGACGACCUGAUCUUUGCGCUAUGACGCAUCACGCCUUCGCGUUCGACGAGGACCUCCAGUGACACUUCAUCAGGGGCUAUCAGUCUGACCCAGAGUUUGCUACGUUGUAUGCGCAGCUAUCUUCGGAUCACCCGCCGGCCAGCCACUAUCGCAUUGCCGACGGGUACUUGCUCCUCCACUCGAGAGGCAAGGACUUACUGUGUGUCCCACGCGACCGCCGUCUUCGGACUCGCCUUCUCGGCGAGUAUCAUGAUUCGCGACUCGCCGGCCAUUUCGGAGUCAAUCGCACGAUUGCACGGCUUCGACAACGAUUCCGAUGGCGUGACCUCAUUUCCGAUGUCAUGCGGUAUUGCGAUUCUUGCGAAGUUUGCCGACGCAGCAAACCUCG